AUUGGUUUGCAACGAAAUUUAAUAAUACAUUAAUUGAAUAAAACCAAUUUCACCGCUACAUGAACAAAUAAAAUAUCAGUUUUCGAAAGGCGAGUUUUAUUUGGUCCAUGCAGUAUUUCAGUGAGUGUGAAUAAAGUCGUUGAAAUUGUGUAUUUUCGCCUGGACCGUCAUAUUGCUAGUUAAGGUAAUGUCAAAUAUUGACCGAAAUGCACAUUAUUGUUUUCUAACCGGCGUUAUCAAAUUGAUAUCUUAUAAACGUCGUGAUCCAGUGUAGGUAGUCUAUACGAUAGGCGGCCGUUGGUUGUGUCUGAACUACCUGAAAAAGAUGUCUUAAACGUGGUGGUCCAGUGUAAGUAGUAUUCUAUAAUAAGCUGUCGUGGUUUAUGUCUGAACUACCUGAAGAAGAUAUCUCAAACGUGGUGAUCCAGUUUAGGUAGUAUUCUACAAUAAGUUGUCGUACGGUUUGUGUCUGAACUACCUGAAAACUAUAUAAUAUCUUAGUUAUAUAUGGUUUGCUGAAAACAGACGUAUUUUAUAUAGCCACGGCAUAGUAACUAACCCUGGCAGUGUAUAUAGGUAUUGUACUAUUGUUCUAUUCACAAAUCACAAUAAGCUGUCGUGGUUUGUGUCAGAACUACCGGGCCUGAAAAAUAUAUCUCAAACAGUCCAGUGUAGGUAGUAUUCUACUGACCGUAAAGUUUCUCAACAAAGAAGAACGGGAAGAAAUAACAUUAUUAUCAAGAUAAAUUUUCAUUUAGAUGUUUUCAUUAAUUUUCAUGAUGUUCAAUUAUCCGAGCCGACAAAAUCCAAUUUUCAUCUUACUAUCUAUACAGACCUGUGCCAAAAAUGGACCCCAGCAUUGAAAUCUUCAUGCGCAAAUUGGUUUAUACCGAACAUUUCAUGAUGUUUGGACGUUCAGGGCGCGAGUCACGGCGUUUUGAAAAAUUUCGUUUUUAUACUUGUCAUUUGAAUACAGCGGAAAUUCCACUCAAAUGAAUGAGUAAAAAAUAAAAGUUUCAAAACGCCGUAGCUCGCGCUCUGAAUGUCCAAAUAUCAUGAAAUUUUCGGUAUAGACUAAUUUGAGCAUGACGAUUUCAAUGCUGCGGUCCAUUUCUGCCAAACAUGCAGUGGCAAAGCUGGUCAUGGCAAAUAUAAUAUAAUAUGGUCAUGCUAUGCUAAACUUACAUCCGAAUAGUUAAAGACAAUUAUAGGCCUAUACACGAGUUUUCGAAUGGUUUGAAUAAUGCAAAUCUUUAAAAAUUUGUAUAGCAUAAGCUGUUGAUAGCUCGCCACUGCAAAUAUGAAGAUUAAACAUCGAUAACGCGAAUUUGGAUCGGAGAAUAAAGCAAGGUAGUUUAAUGCAAGUUUGUUUUUCUCUAAUUUAUAGAAAAUGAACAAGGGUCUUUCAAGCUUGCUUGUGGCACUAACAGUGUUGUCGGUGAACUCUCAAGAUAUUCUUGUGCCUUCUAGUGAGAAUGUUUUUGAAACUCGUAAGUGAAAGCGACUUUUAGAAUUUCAUCAUUUGCCAUUGGUAAUAAGUUAACUUAAUUCGUCAUCCACAUAAGUCCCCUCUUAUAUCGUCUGCGAUGGAGACUAUACAUCCAGAUAAGAUUAAGAAAACUUCGCCUUCGACAUUUGAGGAAGCUACUCAGCCCUGGAAUUUUAAGUAACAAUUAUUUUAUUGAGCCAGAACUACAUUAACCUUAUCUGAUGAUGACAUCACUGGACAUCUGAUGACGACAUCAAUAUCUGAUGAUGUCAUCACUGGAGAUCUGAUGAUGACAUCACUGGAUAUCUGAUGACGACAUCACUGGAGAUCUGAUGAUGACAUCACUGGAUAUCUGAUGACGACAUCACUGGACUCUGAUGAUAACAUCACUGGAUAUUCGAAAUAUUGAAUACAGAUUUUAAACUGUAGAAGUUUUCGACGUCACAGCCAUGUUGGUGUUCCAAUUCAAAAGAAUCUUGGUUAGACUCUUUUGUCUGGAAUACCAACAUGGCCGCCAUGGCUUUUGUUGAAUUGGCCCCUGGGGAAUGAGUGCAAACACUCUAUUUACAAUCAGACGUAUAGUCAACAUUGAACAAGCAGAUUAAAUUUUGGUUAAAUUUUUUGUAUGAAAACUGGAUAGGAAAUGCUUUGCCGGGUAGACUUAAACCAUAGAGUAAUGCAUGAUACAUAACGUAAUUCGUUGGCGGAGAUAUGCAGUCUCCAAGUGCUCUCUAAUUUGUCAUGUUUCACUUUUUCAGAACAGGCUCUCGUCCUCCCUAUGACUUUGGAAUGUCCUUUUGUGAGACACAAACACAUCGAGAUACAUGGCGUAACACUCUUGAAUGGCUCUGAUGUCCUAAUCGCCAGUUCUCUGGCGCCAAACAUCGAGAAACUUACGAACGAGGAAUGUUUUGCGUCCUUGGUGCAAUCUGAUGAUAAGCCGGCAAGAUGCAACGUGUCUAUGCAGGCGUUGCCUCAAGAUGGCAUCGUUGAUCAGAUGGAUAAAAUUGUCACGUUCGAUUGUAGGAAGAGCCUGGGAGACCCUUCCCAAAACGUGAAAACUAGUAAGUAGUAUGUAUUCAUCUACAGUUCUCCUCUAAUACGGAUCUUUCUCUGAUAUGGAAUCUCUCUUGUACAUACACUUCUCCAACACGGACAUAUCAUCUCUCUAAUACAGACACCUCUCUAAUAUAAACACCUCUCUCAUACAGACGUCUCUCUAAUAAGAGCACCUCUCUAAUACAGACAUCUCGCUAAUACUGACACCUCUCUAAUACAGUCAUCCCUCUAAUACAGACACCUCUCUAAUAUAAACACCUCUCUCAUACAGACGUCUCUCUAAUACGGACAUCUCUCUAAUACAGAUAUCUCUCUAAUACGAACAUCUCGCUAAUACGGACACUUCUAUAAUACAGACACCUCUUUAAUACAGACACCUCUCUAAUACGGACACCUCUCUAAUACGGACACCUCUCUAAUACAGACAACUCUCUAAUACAGACACGUCUCUAAUACGGACACCUCUCUAAUACAGUCACCUCUCUAAUACAGACAACUCUCUAAUACAGACACCUCUCUAAUACGGACACCUCUCUAAUGCAGUCACCUCUCUAAUACAGACAACUCUCUAAUACAGACACGUCUCUAAUACGGACAUCUCAAAUGCGGUCACCACUUUAAAUUCAACAGUUUCAUACGUCCCACAAAAUUUUCAUAUAUUCCAAAUUGCUCGUUUGCAAGCGACGCCAUAUUGGUUGAUUUUUAAAAUACACGUGGCAACUAUAAAAUUCAUAUUCUUCAUUCUUUGUCGUAUUGAGCCAAAGACCGUAAACUAUCCAUAAUACAGUAACAUGUUUUCAAAACAAAUCAGAAAAUUUGAAAAAUAUGCCUGGCCGCGGUGGCCGGGCAUAUUUUUCAAGCUUACCCGGUUUGGAUAUACACUCAGAGCAACUUCACAAGCAUCAUAUUCACCCGAGUACAUUACACCAACACAAAAAAAAAACACCCAAACCCCAGAAAAUAUUAAAUUAACUCAACUACUUCGCUGUAAAAGGCUUAACAAAAGUUUAAAAUCAACCAAGAUGGCGCCUAAUGACUCGCAGUGAUGUCAUGUCAAAGAAUACAUAUAUGAAAAGAAUACAUAUAUGAAAAGAAUACAUAUAUGAAUAUAUAUUAUCAUGUAGUUUCGAAGAAAAAAGGAACAAUUAACAUGAAAUGCGACAACAAGGACGCCGUUCCAGAAAUUAUCGACAUUUCAUUGGCUAGUGGACAAAGCGUGGACAGGGUUUCAUGCAACUGGGAAUGUAGCCAGGAGAACAUUCAAAACAUCAAUAAAGGUAAUGGUGGUCAUUGUCAGGUCAAAAGAAAUGGUUAUCUGAACGACAGUGAGAUGACGGUCACGUAUAGAUGCAGCGAGCCUCCGAAACGGGACAUUGACGAGUUUGUGCAAGGAAAUGGAAAUAAAGGACGUGGAAACAGAGGAAAUGGUAACCAAGGAAACGGGAAUGGAGGAAAUGGCAACCAAGGAAACGGCAAGGGAAAGUGGUAAGAGUAUAUCGAUGCAAGGAAAGAUGUAAUAUUUCCGAGGGGAACAGUUUUAAUGCAUCUGAAAAGAUUCAGUGGUGGAUCCAGCAAGGUUUUUUUAGGAGAUGCUUGGCGAACAGCCAAGCACACCGAAUUAAGUGACCGAACUCAGCACCAACCAGCAUACUGUCAUGAAAGUGUACAUAUAGUAGUUUCGUGCUAACAAUAUACAGAUAUAUUGAAUAAAGAUAAUUUGACAGUUAUACUGUACAAUAUAUAUAUCCCCGAUUUUCUUGAUACUGUGAUUGUGUGAAAGAGAGAAUGGAAUUUUUUUUACAUUUGAUUGCUUUUGUAAUUUUUAUUUUCAUCAUCAAAUACUUAUUUUAAACGUUUGCAGCAAAAUUAAGAAUUUGUUUUACUCAAUCAAAGUAUCAAACUAGUGUUGUGGUGCCGCCUUGAAUGCCAAAACUUAAGUUAGUCUAAAACUGAUAACAAACUUUGAAUACCUCAAACAUUUAAAAGUAAGAUAAAUGUAUUGAUUUGCACCCCGGUUGACCAAGACCACCCCCUAUAAAUCCACCACUGAAAAGAUUCAUGCAUGUUAAUAACCGCACGUUUGAAGGAGGCUUAUUGCAGAGAAGAAUUCUUGAUUUUGUCAUAGUUAAUAGAAUAGAUGGUUUGGAAACUCAUUAGAAUAACAAUAUAACCAUUAUCUAUGUUAGUCUACGUUUAUUCAUCAAUAUGGUCCUUCACCGUCACGUGUGUAUAUUAUUUUUGUCCAACUAACCAGUAGCCUGCUCACAGACGUUGUAGUUCUUACGCCAAGCGACGAAAUACUUUCGUCGCUUGGCGUAAGAACUACAACGUUUGUGAGCAGGCUAACUAACCAGUAGCAAUGUUCAGUUAGGAAAGUUACCUAUCGGUGACUCGAACUAUAGGGUAAAUUACUAUUGGUGGAUUUGGCAAAAAAUACAAUACACACGUGACGGCGAAGGACCAUACUUAUGAAUAAACGUUGACUAACAUAGAUAAUAGUUAUAUUGUUAUUCUAAUAAGUUUCCAAACCACCUAUAUUCUAUUAACUAUGAUUUUGUAAAAACACAUAAGCAUAGCAAAUAAUAUUAACGCGAAUCACAGACCAAUGAGUAAAUCUAACAAGAUUUUUGGAAACCCUUUACAUCACUGUCCAAGAUCAGAAAUAUCCUCGAACGAAUGGAAUGAUGCUUGGAGUAAACAGCAACUAAGAGAAACGCGCGUGUAACUAUUUCUCUCCAACGUUGAAUAUUAUUUAUCGCCAUGUCAAUUUAGAAAAAACUUAUUAUAUAUUUUAUCUUUGUAGAAUCUAAAUCUGUGGUAUGACAGGGUCCACAGCAAUCUGCCAAGAAAAUAAAAUAGAAAUUUACACGGCACUGUAAAAGAUGUAUGUUAUUGUAGAUUCAAAGUAAUAAAUGUUAUUCACAAUCAAAAGAGCUGUUGAAUUUACUUUUAUUAUCAAUACCUCUAUAGUAUCAGGGCCG